AUUUCAUUUUUUUAUACACCCAAAAUAAAUUAAAUAAAAAAAAAAAAAAAAAAGAAAAAAGAAAAAGGAAAAUUGUUGCUUUCAAUUUUUGUAGUUUGUAGACUAUAAAGAGGGUGUCUGUCGUCCCCUCCCUUUCGAUUUUCCCCUUCCAUUUUUUUCUUUGGUGGUUCAUUGGAAAAUUUGAACCAUCCUUUCCUUCCUUCCUUCCUUCCCAUUUUUGCAUUUUGCAGAAGAGCCUUCUUUUUUGUUUAUCGGGGGGUUGAAGAACAAGAAGAAGGCUCUCCUGCUUUCCGGUGAAUAUGAUUAGACUCUGGAUUGAUGCUCUGCAAUUGACCGAAUUAUUUCUCAGCUCUUUGGUUCAUUUGGUCUAUGGGUUUUACAUUUUUAGCACUGCCGUCGCUGGGGAUAUCUCUCAAUCCCUAAACCAAUGGCUUUUCUCCCCUUCCUCCAAACUUCAUCUCAACAACCAUCAUUCUUCCUUAACAUCAACACCCGAUCAUCAUACUCUCCCUCCAAUUGUCUUGGUCCAUGGAAUUUUUGGUUUUGGCCAAGGAAGAUUGGGAGGUUUGUCCUACUUUGCCGGUGCCGAAAAGAAAGACGAUAGGGUGCUUGUGCCUGAUCUAGGUUCCUUAACCAGCAUUUACGACAGGGCUCGGGAAUUGUUCUAUUAUCUGAAAGGCGGACGAGUCGAUUAUGGGGAAGAACACAGCAACACCUAUGGCCACUCCCAAUUUGGCCGAGUUUAUGAACGAGGUCACUAUCCUCAGUGGGACGAAGAUCAUCCUAUCCACUUUGUGGGUCAUUCUGCCGGAGCUCAGGUCGUUCGAGUACUCCAACAAAUGCUCGCUGACAAGGCAUUCAAGGGGUAUGAAAAUACCUCGGAAAACUGGAUAAUUAGCAUCACGUCUUUAUCAGGAGUGUUCAAUGGGACUACCAGGACCUACUUGGAUGGGAUGCAGCCAAAAGAUGGGAGAUCAAUGAAGACUAUAUCCCUGCUACAGUUGUGCCGCCUGGGUGUUAUAGUAUAUGAUUGGAUUAACAUUCCCUGGUUGAAAGAAUAUUAUAGCUUUGGGUUUGAUCACUUCAACAUGUCGUGGAAAAAAAUGGGUCUUUGGGGCCUUCUUGAUUGUCUCAUGGGAAAUUCAGGUCCGUUUGCCACUGGAGAUUGGAUCCUCCCUGAUCUUACCAUACAGGGCUCCAUUAGUCUAAACAGCCACUUGCAGACCUUUCCUAAUACAUACUAUUUUAACUAUGUAACCAAGUGUACUAGGAAGGUUUUUGGGAUCACAGUUCCAUCAAGCAUAUUUAGAAUCCAUCCCUUGUUUUUUAUUAGAGUUCUGCAGAUGAGUCAAUGGCGCCAUCCUUCAGAUGUCACUCUACCUUACAAAGACUACAGAGAUGAAGAUUGGCAGGACAAUGAUGGUGCAUUAAACACCAUAUCCAUGACUCACCCACGUUUUCCAGUCGAGCAUCCAAAUCGUCAUGUAGUAAAUGACUCAGAUUGCAAACCCCUCGAACCUGGUAUCUGGUAUUACAAGGUAAUUGAAGGUGAUCACAUACUGUUCAUAGUAAAUCGAGAGAGAGCAGGAGUUCAAUUCGAUCUCAUAUAUGAUGGCAUUUUUGAACGUUGUAGAAAACAUGUGUUCAGGAAGAACCCCCCAACCUUGCCAAACCAACCUCACCCGUAGGCGCUUUUAUUGUUCCUCCCAAUAGCUCUACAACUAGGGAAUUGAAACAAAAGUAAUUGCCUCUGCUAUGGCAUACGACCUUUGGUUACCCCAUUCUACCCCCCCCCCCCCCCCCCCCCCCCCCUCUCUUGUAAAUAAAAGAGAUUAUAUCAAUUUUUUUUUCCUGCACGUUCUUCCCUGUUCAUCAAUUUGUAGUACCAAUCAGCGUAUCUCAAGAGGGUAGAUUUACGUAACCACUGCACUAUACUGAAACGAUGCGUAUGGACAAACUAAAGUAACAGAGAACGAGUUCAUAUGAACAGAGCGUAUAUUGAUAUGGCGAAAGGUAUAUGAAACGGAGGUGUAGCUUAAUGAGUAAGCUUAUGAAAUCGCAGUUUCAAACAGAUUUGACGGCCAAAAGAGUCGAGUCUGGGUUGAAAUUUGGACCAUUUCUUGAUUUGGGCAUGUCAGUCUUGCACAGAGCCAUGCCGAUCUUUGAUUCAACAAGUUUGGAUUGAAAUGGGAACACUUUGUUGGUUAACAUUGGACCGCUGCCGUUAAUAUUAUAUGUCGAAGCUAAGGCAAAUUAGAAAGGUUUGUUGAGAGGAGAAAUUAAGAGGGCACGUGGUAUUGUUGAAGGAUAGGUUCAUGAUUGGAUAUGCACAUGGCAUCUCAUAUCGCCACUUUGCUCGAUCGAA